AUGGCUGAAUCCGUCAGCCAGAAUGUCACGCUCUCCGUGCGCCGUCCCUCAGAUACGCCCGUCAUCUUCGUGGCGGGUUCCUUUUCCAAUCCGAAAUGGGCGCCCCUCGAAUUGGCCGUGAAGACCGUCGAGUUCCAGGAUGACGAGGGCCUUACGUCUACUGAGUACCUGUUCUAUCGCGAUGUGCAGGUCCCUGCUGGUCAAUAUGAGUAUCGAUUCCGAGAAGAUGCCGAGGGCUCGUGGUUUCAUGAUGAGACGGCGAAGAGUGCCCCCGGAGAUGAUGGUCUCGUGAACAACAUCCUCCUCGUCGAGUCCCCCGCCGUCGCUUCCGCUGAGGAGGAUCUGUCGGCCGCUAAGGAAGAAGAGAAGCCCGUUGAGAACGGCACCGCUGAUAAGGCGGAGGAGCCUGCUAAGGAGUCUGCGGAGAAGGACUCGUCCGCACCCAUCGAGACCAACGGCACGGCGGAGAAGGACGCUGCAGUUGAGGAACCCGAGCCGGUUGUUGAGUCGAAACCCGAGGAGCCGGUCUCAAACGGCGAUGCGGCGCCUGCGGUCAUUGACGCCGAGCCUGCUACGCAAGAGCCCGCGAUGGAACCCGUGAACGGAACGGCCGAGACGGUGGAGGCGGAGAAACCGACUACGUCCCAGCCCGAACCCGUGGAAGAGGUCGUCGAAAAGACGGAGGAAGUCCCCGCUGUUGUCGAAAAGAAGGCGGUUGAGAAGGGUGAGCACAAGCCUGAACCCGAGGAGCCUUCGACAGCGAGCAGCGGUCCGGUCAUCGCCGAGGACAAGCCGGUCGACGAACCGCAACCGGAAGAGCCGGUUGCCGAGAAGGAAUUUCCGGAACCUGUCAAGGAGGAAGCUCCAGUCGAGCAGCCAUCGACGGAAGCGCCUGCUGUCGAGGAGACGCCUGCUCCCGUCGCUGAAGCCCCCAAGGAGCCCGAACCUGUCGCCGAAGAACCCGCUAAGGAAUCUAUUGAUGAGCAGCCAUCUGUGGAGGCCGCGGUUGCGGAGCCCGUGAAGGAGGAUGCUAAAGAGAAGCCGGUUGAAGAAACUCCUGCGGUUGAAGAGCCCAAGGAGGCUGCCGCCGAAGAAAAGGUCGAAGAGCCUGUUUCCGAGUCUGUCCACGAACCCGCUACCACCGAGCCUGCUGUCGAAGAACCUGUCAAGGAGGUGAACGGCGCUACCGAGGAGCCAGCUACCGAGAAACCUUCGACCGAGACUCCCGCGGAGGAGCCGGUGAAGGAGUCUGCCCUCGAAACCCCGGCCGCCGCCGAAGCUACCGAGAAGCCAACGGAGGAGGCGACCGAGGAGCCCGCUAAGCUAGCUGUCGAAGAAGAGAAGCCGGCCGCCGAGGAGCAUACCGAGAACCCCUCUACUGACGAGGUGAAGGAGACCGAGCCGACUCAGGUUGCUUCCGAGGAGCCGACUGUUCAGCAACCUGCGGAAGAGGAGACCACCGUGGAAACUCCCAAGGAGUCUGCUGAAGAGAAGACAGAAGAGAAGGUCGUUGAGGAGCUUGCUAAGGAAGAGCCCGUUUCUGAAGAGACCCCUAAGGAAUCGACCACUGAGGAGGCUGCGGCUCCCGAGCCUGUCCAGGAAUCUACUCCCGAAGCUGCACCCAUGCAGGAGUCCGAACCCGUUACGGAGAAGGAACCUGUCGUCGAAGAGCAUGCCACCGAAGCUCCCACCGUCGAGGAACCCGCAAAGGAGUCUCAGGUAGAGGAGACCGCUCACGAACAGGUCUCCGAAACUCCCGCCGCUGAACCCGAACCUUCCAAGGAGGUGGUCGAGGAGCCUACCGUCGAAGAGGCUGUUCCUGAGGCUCCUUCCGAAGAGAAGGUCACCGAAGAGAAGGUCACCGAAGAAAAGGUCCCCGAGGUGUCGGCUGAUGCCCCUGUCGCUGAGGAGACCGCUGAGGAGCCUAAGGAAUCCCUCGUUGAGGAAUCUGUCCAGCCUACCGCCGAGGAACCGACCCCCGAAAAAUCUGCGGAGGAAACUGUCAAGGAGACCGAGCCCGAGGCUCCCGCUGUUGAGGAGCCCGUCAAGGAGGAGCCCGUCAAGGAGGAGCCCGUCAAGGAGGAGCCCGUCACGGAGGAACCCGCCAAGGAAGAGCCUGCUCCUGUUGAGCAGACCACCGAGGAAUCGGUAGUGAAGGACGAGCCGGAGGAGGUCCCCGCCAAGUCGGAGCCCGCGAAGGAAGUUGAGCCUGUUGCGGAGGAAACCAAGGUCGAGGAGCCUGCAUCUGAAGAGCCUCAGGCCGAGGAAAUCAAGGCUGAGGAGGCUACCGAAGAGGCUAAGACUGAGGUUGAGGAACCCAAGGCUGAGGAGACUCCGGUUGAAACCAAGGUGGAGGAACCCAAGGCUGAAGAGGCCAAGGUCGAGGAGCCUGUAGCUGAGGAAACUAAGGUCGAGGAACCUCAGGUUGAACAAGCUACGCCCGAGGAGCCUAAGGCUGAAGAAAUCCAGGUCGAGCAGCCCACGCCUGAAGAACCCAAGCCUGAGGAAGUCAAGGCUGAAGAGCCUGAAGCCAAGGAGCCCGAGGUUGAGGAAACCAAGACCGAAGAGGUCCAAAUUGAGGAACCUAAGGUUAAGGUCCCCGAGGCUCAGGAAGCCACGGUUGAGGAGACUGUCGAAGAGUCCAAGACCGAGGAAGUCACUGCUGAGGAGCCGGUUACGGAGGCGCCCAAGGUCGAAGAGCCCCAGGUCGAGGAAUCUACCGAGAUCAAGGCUGAAGAGCCCCAGGUUGAAGAAUCUAAGAUUGACCAGCCCGAGACUGAAGAAGCCAAGGUCGAGGAGGUCAAGCCCGAGGAGCCUGUCGCCACCAAACCGAAGGAGGAGCCAGCCGAAGAAGCCCUCCAACCCGCCGAGGAGCCCAAGGUUGAGGAGCCAAUUGUUGAAGAUUCUCCCGCCAAGGUCGAAACCGAAGAAGUGGUUGCUGAAGCACCCAAGGAAGUCGUCUCAGAGGAGCCAGUCGCCACGGAAACCGAGGCUCCCGCUGCCGAUGUCUCUGACAAGAAGGAAGAGGUCAUCGAGGAGCCCGCUACCCAGGAGCCUGUUGUGGAGACUCCCGCGGACCCGCCUGCAGCCGAGCCCGUGACGGAGACGGAAGAGCCUGAGGAGGAAUCGACCACCCAGAACAACACGGAAGACGAAGUUGCUGAGGCGAUUGAAGCUCCCAAGGAGAGGCCAAGUGUGCCCGAGCCAGUGGCUGAGCCUGCCACCGAGGCGGUUCCUGAGCAGGUACCGGAAACUCAGGCCGCGGAAGAGACAAAGCCCGCCGAAGAAACGACCCCUGCUCAGGAGGAGUCUCAAGAAGCAGAGCCUGUCCCUGCUGCUACUACCGAGACCCCCGUGCAGGAGGAAGUCCCUGCUGCUGAGCCCGUCCCCGAAUCGGAAUCCACCGAAACUGUGAAGGAGGACGCUGCAGAAGAGCCUGCUGAAUCCAAGGACAGCAUCCUGUCUCCUGAAGUCAUUGGUGCUGGUGCCGCCGCUGCCGUUGGUGUUGGUGCUGUUGCCGCUGGGGUGGCUAUUGCUUCCGCUGAGAAGAAACCCGAGACUGAAGACAAGGACCAGAAGAAGGCCGAGCUAGAGACCAAGGGUAAGAGAAUCAUUGCACCAUUAGACCGACAUGUGGAUGAACCUGACUCCAUUCAAACAGUGCCUGCCGCUGAUGGCGCCUCUGAGGAGCCUACUGGAAGCCAGCAGCCUGCAGUGAAGGAACCGGAACACCAAACCCAGACACCGGCCUCGAACGAGCCUUCAACUUCUGCCGAGCCUGCUUCUGAGCCCGCUGCUACUGAGCCCACUGCUUCUGCCGAGACAGAUGAGGACAAGCAGGUGGCCAAGAAGGACGGUGACAAGUCUCGCUCCCAGAGCCAGAACCGCUCUGUCCAGGCUUACUCCUUGAACAACCAGGCCGAUGGCUGGUUGAAGACCAUUCUGCGUGCCGUCUUCGUCAACUUCUUCGGUGCCAUUUUCUCGCCUUUCCGUCGCCGUGGACGAUCCAACCAGUAA